GGGAAACAGCUCAACGACAGCCGAAAAUUAAUACAAAACUUACGGUGUGGUCCCCUCAAUUUAAAACCAUGGGAAUAAUUUGCCAAAUUCUUUUUCACAACAACACUCAAGGAGUAUUCUAUGCGGGCCAAACGAUUUCUGGUCAAGUGACUUUGAGUACGGAUAAAGAGAUUCAAAUUAAAGCAAUUAAACUUAAGGUCAAAGGGUUUGCCGAGACCCAUUGGACCGAAAGCAAGAAUGAUAUGAACAAUAAGUCCACUACAGAAUCGUUCAAUGGCUAUGAGAAAUACCUUUCCAGUAAAUGUUUUCUGUUGGGUUCCGAGACAAGCCCCGAAAUAUGUUUGGCGCCUGGAACCAGAUCGUACAAUUUUGCCUCCCAGAUUCCAAUCAACUGUCCUUCGUCGUUCGAGGGUUCGCACGGGCGUAUACUUUAUAAGGUGGAUGUCAAUAUAACACAGCCCUGGAUAUAUGACAGCGUAUUUUCAAGAGCCUUCACAGUAAUUCAAGUGAUGGAUUUAGGCACCUAUGAGUCUGUUUCUCAGGUUCCCGUGCAGGCCAGGACGGAGAAGACGUUCGGGGUCUGGCCCUUCCGGUCGGAUCCGCUGACCCUGGAGCUCAAUCUGCCGCAGACUGGUUUCGUGCCCGGACAAACAGUGCCCGUCAACGUUUUGGUGGGAAACGAAAGCAAAAUCCGGGUGCACGAGGUCAAAGUGGGCCUGGCCAUGAUGAUCACCUACUACAGCGACCGCAGGUCCGACACAAAUAAUGAGCGCAAGUCCGUGGCCAAGCUGAAGGCAGACGGCGUCAUGCGGAACUCCCGGAAAAUGUACGACUUCCAGCUGCUGAUUCCCUCCACUCCGCCCUCCAGUUUCCGCCUGUGCCGCAUUAUAGAGAUCGGAUACCAGAUCGAGGUUGUGGCCAAGGUGAAGGGCAUGCACAUUAACGGAACCCUGGUACUGCCGGUGACUAUCUGUGGGGUUCCGAUAGCGCCGCAAAUGGUGCAAUAUGUUCCAGACUGCUCCGCCCCCCCGAUUCCAGAGCAAAGGGCUUUGUCUGUGGUCGAGGGCGAUGGAGCUUGUGCUCCAGCCGCCCCUCCCUAUCCCUGGGCAGAGGGUUCCUCCUUGCCGCCACCUAGCUAUGCUGAGGCCAUGCAUACCUACACAGAUCCUUUGAAGGCCAGCCAGGGUCAGCAGAGUUCGGAAAGUGUGGAAGGGAACUCCUAUAAGCCGCUGUAUCCUGUUUUUAAUAUGCCAACUCAAAGUGAGAAAAAGGUGGACACCGAAAUCCCGGAGAAAAAGGAAAAAAUGUGAGGAGGGAUGAGGAACAUAAUUCAA